GUGGUACGAGGCAUAAACAUGUCAAAGAGUCUCAGAAACCGGAUCUGUAAAUGUUCAACUGAAAGAUAUUAAAACCAAUGUGCUUCGAGCAGGACAAAGAAUCCGUAAAGCAAACCCUGUAGUUGUUCUUUCUUUAAAGUUGAGAUUCUUAAGAAACGUUGAUACCAAAACGUAGAAGCUAAUUGCUAGAACCAAAACGUUAGUCAUCUUGGUCUUAGUCUCUUAGAUAAACCGAACGGAGUAGAUAAUUUUUGAAUCGAACCAACCCGAAACUGCUGAUUUUAUUCGGUGUCGGUUUAUCCUUUAGGGGUGUUUUUGUCUUGUUGGUCGUCGUAGAAACUUGCCUAUAUAUAUAAGAUAGAUGCCUCCAGUUUGAAUAGCAGCUAAACCCUUAAAAUCUCCAGAGAGAAAGACGAUGGAUCACAAGGCAGUUGCGGAAGAGCAAAUCGUAUUGGAGAGGAUUAGGAGAAAAAUCGAGGACAUAAAAGCAGCUGGGCAGUCGCAGCUCUCUCCUAUACAAGAACAUAUCAGUUUCACCCUUCAGUUUGCCAUAAGAUUCAUGCCCCUUUUGAAUAACAAUCAAUUGCAGCAAGCUUAUUUCAAGUGUGCACACGAGUGCUUUGAGAAAAGACGAACGAAAGAUGUGACAAAUAACUGCGUUGAGCUCUGCCGUGUUCCCGUUGUCAAUUCUCAACAACGAUUCGAUAGCGAGAUGGCCAAGUUUCAGGAAAGGAUGAACAGAUCACUCAUGGUAUGUCAAGACAAAUUUGAGGCUGCGAAGCUAGUUAGUAGUAUUAUCAGGAUUGAUGCCGUCAAAGAUCUUGAGGAUUGCGUGACCGAUGCUGCGACAACAUUACUUGGCAGCUAAGCAAGAAACGUGCUGUGUUA